CAAAUCGGGAGCAAAGGACAGAUGAGUCGUUCAAGGGGGGAAAAAAAAAACACACCCUGCACAUCACAGUGUGUCCAAAGAGUCCUUUAAUGCACCUGCACGCGCCUCCGCACAAAAGCACAAGAAAUCCCGAAACAUCAUCAUCAUCAAGUCCAGGAACUCCAGAGAGAGACAGUAGCACAGUGAGACUGGAGGAGGGAGGCGGUGUUUUGCAGUCAAACCGCACCAGCGCUGCUGUGAGGAGACAGCCAGCCACACUCUCAUCUGGCUCACACACACACGCACGCGCAUACAAGGCUGCGACGCAGGCGGCUGCGCUCUGCAUCAUGCAGGAGGGCUCAUGAUAAGAAACCUGUUACACGCUGCACAUGUGAUGGCAGGCGGCCGCGCUGAGUUCUCCUCCUCCUCCUCCUCCGCAGAUUAAUUAGCGGGGCGACCUGCGCUCCCCGAGAGUCUCGGAUUGGGCGCCUUUAAUGAGGAUAUUGCGGCAAUGGCGAAGGACAAGGGCGAAAACCGGACGCUUCAGUAUCAGCAAACUUUGAUGUAUGGGCGGUACACCCAGGAGCUGGGUGUGUAUGCCAAGGAGGAAGCAGCCCGCCUACGGGAUGGAGGAGUUCGGGACGGCGGAGGACUGCGGAGGAACACCAGCGUUCGCAGUCGUGCCGCAGAUCUGCUGGAGUAUGAGAAGGACCCCUGUGCAAAGUGCCAGUUGUGUGCAUCUCGCUGCCAGAAGUUCCUGAUCUCACGGGUCGGGGAGGACUGGAUCUUCCUCAUUCUGCUGGGGCUGCUCAUGGCUCUGGUCAGCUGGGUCAUGGACUACGCCAUCGCCUUCUGCCAAGAAGCACAGAAGUGGAUGUAUGGUGGACUGGACAGUAACAUGCUCCUGCAGUACAUCGCCUGGGUCACCUACCCUGUAGUGCUCAUCACUUUCUCUGCGGGAUUCACGCAGAUACUGGCGCCUCAGGCUGUGGGUUCAGGUAUUCCUGAGAUGAAGACGAUACUGAGGGGGGUGGUCCUGAAGGAGUACCUGACUUUUAAGACGUUUGUGGCCAAAGUCAUCGGCCUGACCUGCGCCCUGGGCAGCGGGAUGCCCCUGGGGAAGGAGGGCCCCUUCGUUCACGUUGCCAGCCUGUGCGCCGCCCUCCUGAGCAAAUUCAUGGCCGCUCUUUUCGGUGGGAUUUACAUGGUGAGAAUGGAAGAGCCCUUUGAGGGAAGCAAGAACGAGUUGAGGAACACUGAGAUGCUGUCGGCUGCCUGUGCAGUGGGUGUGGGCUGCUGCUUCGCUGCCCCUAUCGGAGGGGUGCUGUUCAGUAUUGAGGUAACAUCAACGUUUUUUGCUGUGAGGAACUACUGGAGGGGCUUCUUUGCUGCCACCUUCAGUGCCUUCAUAUUCAGGGUGCUGGCAGUGUGGAAUCAGGAGGAAGAGACCAUCACUGCUCUCUUUAAGACCCGUUUCCGUCUGGACUUCCCGUUUGACCUUCAGGAGCUGCCGGCGUUCGCCAUCCUCGGGAUUGCCUGUGGUUUUGGUGGUGCUCUGUUUGUCUACCUGAACCGACUGAUUGUAGAGUGCAUGAGGAAACAGAAAACUAUCAACAAGUUCUUGCUGAGGAAUCCCUCUCUUCCUGUCAGGCGUCUGGUGUAUCCUGCACUCGUCACCCUGCUGGUCUCCACACUCACGUUCCCUCCGGGCUUCGGGCAGUUCAUGGCUGGACAGCUGACGCAGCACGAGUCUCUGGUGGCGCUGUUCGACAACCGCACAUGGUGCCGUCAGGGCGUGGCCGAGGAGUUCGACUACAUCAGCCACCACCACGCCUGGAAACAUCCCCAAGUCAACGUCUUCAUCACACUCAUCCUCUUCAUCAUCAUGAAGUUCUGGAUGUCUGCUGUGGCCACCACCAUGCCUGUUCCAUGUGGGGCUUUCAUGCCAGUUUUCCUCAUCGGUGCAGCAUUUGGCAGACUCGUCGGCGAGAUCAUGGCUGCCAUGUUUCCUGAUGGCAUACAUGCUGACGGCAGUGUGUAUCCCAUAGUUCCUGGUGGUUAUGCUGUAGUUGGUGCUGCAGCGCUGUCUGGAGCAGUCACCCACACUGUAUCCACAGCGGUCAUUGUGUUUGAACUGACCGGUCAGAUCUCCCACAUCCUGCCUGUGAUGAUCGCCGUCAUCCUGGCCAACGCCGUGGCCCAGGCGCUCCAACCCUCUCUGUAUGACUCAAUCAUCCGCAUCAAGAAGCUUCCUUACCUGCCUGAGCUGGGCAUGGGACAUCACGAGAAGUAUAAUAUCCGUGUGGAGGACAUCAUGGUCAGGGAUGUGCGCUACAUCACUCUUAACUCUUCCUAUCGGGACCUGCAGGAGAUGCUGCUGACUGGUCAGCUCAAAACACUGGCCCUAGUUGAAUCCAGAGACUCCAUGAUCCUGCUGGGCUCCAUCGAGCGACUGCAGCUCCAGUCUCUGCUCUCUCUUCAACUGGGCCGUCAACGGAGGCUCGAGUACCUGCGCCAGCUGGCCCAGGACAACGGCACUCACGACCACCUUCCCAGCCUGACCACCGACAGCACCCCCAGCUCGCCCUGCACCCACACCCACAUCAACGCCUCGACCAGCGCUCGCCAAGGGGUCCGCUUCUUGGUGAGCACCCAACAGAUCUCCACAGAGGAGUCUUCCUCCUUCAGCCCAGUGGUUUCCAAUGUUCAGCUCCCUCUGAAAUCUGCCUUGAAAACUGUGUCUGCCAUCAGCGACACAGAGACACCAAACAGCUCUCAGACCCUCUCCUGUGCCGACCAAGACAAGGAGCUGCUGGAGAGCCCGGCUGGGCCGGCUCCUCCUGAAAAAAGAAAGCCCAAGCCCAAACGUGUGAGGAUCUCCAUGGCGGACUCCACUGAAGUGGAGGAUUGCAUGACGCCAUCAGAGAUAGCGGAGUGGGAGGAGCAGCAGCUCGAUGAGCCGGUAGAUUUCAAGAACUGCAAGAUUGAUCCCGCGCCCUUCCAGCUGGUGGAGCAAACAUCUUUGCAUAAGACUCACACUAUCUUCUCUCUGCUGGGCCUGGAUCACGCCUAUGUGACCAGCAUGGGACGUCUGGUCGGAGUGGUCUCUCUCAAAGAGUUGCGGAAGGCCAUUGAGGGCUCAGUGACGGUGACUGGAGUGAAAGUGCGCCCUCCACUGGCCAGUUUCCGUGACAGUGGGAACAGCACAAACGUAUCUGAGGUAACUGAACUACACAAGCUGUGCAUCCGCCACAGGGGUCUCUCGUUGCCACGGGAGCCCAACCCUCCAGACGUGGAGGACCAGCCCGAUCUCCAGUACAAAGAGAUCCCCGUCAACUUCUCGGACCAAACCAAUUUGCAGUUUGAAACCAGCCCCGGCGACAUUACAAACCAGUCGUCGGACCUGGUGCUCCAGGAAAGCCCCUCGUUCACUGAGGACCAAUCAGAGUUUACUUUUGACUGCAGCCCCUCCCACACUGAGGAAUCAGAGCUGGCCUGUGACUAUGACCCCCCUAGCCAAACUCCCGAACCGGACGAAACAGAGCAAGAGCAGGGCAGUCCGUCUCUGAACAAGGACCUAUCAGAACCUGAGGGAGAGGUUAUCCCCGCCCACACUGAGGAUCAGUCAGAAUGAUCAGAUUAAUGCUGUCGCCUCAUGAAUGUUGACGUUUCUAACAUUUGUAGAGGUCACACUCACCUCCAAGUCCAGCCUAGAUACCUGAGUUUCUAACCUUGUUGUUGUGGUGUGAGGGAGUGAGUGAGAGUGAGUGUGGGUAGAUGUGAAGUUUAGUGUUGUGUUUCAAACUGUGCAGAUGCCUGUUAAAAGGAUGAAUCUGGUUUUAGUCUUUAUUCCUUAUAACUGUCAACAAAUCUUGUGGAAAGACCAAAAGCAACAAUGGGUUUAUCCGUCUCUGACAGUCCUGUCCUGUCUGUGGCUCUCAGCCUCAAGCUCAUUCAUUCCUACUGACGACAUGAACCUUUAACGAAAAAUUAUUUUUACACAUCAUGUCACUUCGGUCAGCAUUGACUGGGUCUGAAGACGACAAGUUUGAAAAUGAAAACAGUCUGAGAGUGUGGAGUUAGAAAGAAGUGAGUUUACCAGAUCUCUGUAGCUCAGUACUCAUUUAUGUUUGAGGCUAGCAGCUCAAGGCUACAUUAGCUGCUACUAGCAUAACACACCUGAAUCUCUGACCAAGCUGUCAGUGGUAUAGUUGCAUUGUGGGUAAUUUGACAUUGUUAAAGGAGCUAUUUGUAAGUUUUGCAAUCACUACAUAGCCGACAUUGCUAGUAACAGCUGUUUAUUUACCAGUUUAAUUAUGACAGUUCAUUUGUUCACAAGUUAGCAAAACAAUGACACCACACGCUCUACGUAGUAGCUGUUUUGGAGCUUUCAGCUUCUUGCCCAUGUUUGGAACUGCGGUUUCCAAAGUCAAGAAUCACCUUUGAAACUCAAUUUGGUUGGUUUUUAGCAAACUCAAAUGAGAGCAGUGCUUUUGUAGGGGACUAUUUUCAGACGUGGAUUAGUACAAAUUUUCCCUUGUGGUGAGUAUUUACAGAACUUCGUAUGUGGGAUAUUGUCCAAAUUCACUGUGAUGUAGGGACACGUUACCCAGGGCAACAAGUAUGUGGGCACUGUGUUUUUUUCCCAAACAUUACUCGAAUAGGAAACAUUUGCUAAAAUAAUUAUCUGUUAGGGAGUUUUUUGAGAUACAGAUUGUGUAUUCUUAGUGAGGACUGUGUCUGUGGGAUUUGACUCAAAAAUAAACUACAGUGCCCACACUUAUUGUAACGGAGGAUCAUGUCAACCAGCACAACAAUGUGUUUUGUUGUGUUUUUAUUUGUUUUUGGACAACAAUAGAGCUUUAUGACGCACAGGAAUAAACUAUAUCAGACUUUGGCGACACAGGGAAGUACUAGUUUGGUCUUUUAAUGGGAUUUGUUAACAAGAAAUAUAGAAUAUCCCCAGCUUUAUCUUUAAAUGUGUGUGAGUGUGAGUGUGUGUGUGUGUUUGUUUGUUUGUGCGAGAGACUUUUUGACACCUUCCUUGCCAUGCUCCAAUCUGGCCCAGACUCUUCAACAUCAUUUGAGUCUUCAUGACAAACAAACAUCCCGUAAACAUGACUUCAGACAUUAUCACAGAGAGAAAUAAGUCACAUGCAAAUAAACGGAGGGAGAUGAAAUUAAAAGGAGCAAAUAAUGGAGAAGAAAGCACAGGAGAACAAAGACGUGGAAAAUUAUUCUAAUGAGCACAUGAUGGUAUGAAUUCAAACAACUACCUAUUCACUUGCCCUGGACUAACACAUCAGAGGGUUGUUGACACAGAAUCUGUCGACUAUUAAUAUCAAGAUAUAUUGGUGUUGGUUAUAUGUCGGCUGAUAUGCAAUAAAUUUACAGUAAUAAUGCAGUAAAAGGUGAUUUAAUGGCAACAAUAUCAUCAUUAGUUUGUCCAGACUCCAUUGUUUACAACACUCUGCAGGCUCUGCAGGGUUACAUGUCACAGAUUCAUUAGCAGUACAUUUUUUAAAAUUUUUUUUUUAAUUUUCCUGUCAAAUAUUGGCAUCUUUAUCAGGCCCAAAUAUCCACAAUCAGCUGGGAUCUAUUCACACGAUGACAAAGGCAGCUUCCAAAAGGUCCACCAGGCUUAGUACAGGGCUCCAACUAAUGGUGAAGCACAUUGUAAUUACCAUGAAUAUAAUUUACUGCACAUGUAGCCUUGUUUGGCUUUAUAGGGGCUGAUUCAAUAAGGGCAAUGUAGACUGUCGGGUCUCGUCGUUUGAACUGCCUCUGCAUCUUCUGCUAUGUGAAUUUACUGUGUUUUAAUGUGUUUCUAGCAUGAUAAAGGAACAACACUUGAGCUCCGAGUGACGGGAAGACACUGGGUGUUGUAUAGAGCACACACACACACACACAUACACACACACACACACACACUUAUACGCAUACAUGUAAUAUAUGCGGCCUGUAGAU